AUCUUUGAUGGUACUGGGUUCAAGUUUUGCUGGGAUCCUGGAAGGCUGUGGCAAUGAAUCUUCAAGACUGGUUAAAGAUUCUCUAUCUGGUCUUUGGCUUUUGUUCUGCUCUCUUUCUGGGUGCCGUGAAAGGUUUAUUGGUGGGUCCUAUUGCCGGUCUCACAUUUAUAACAGGGAAUGUUGCUGUAAUUCUGGGAUUGUUGCCUUCACAUGUUGCCUGGACUGUCUAUACGGUCAUAAAGAUUAAUAGAUUUGAUACACCCCUCAAAGUUGCUAUCUUGCUUGCUUUGCCUGGUCUUUUUGGGAUAUGGUUGUGUUUAAGCAUAGCUGGGAGUGUUCUGGUUGGGGUUGGCUAUGGCUUCUUCACUCCCUGGAUUUCAACUUUUGAGGCCUUUCGACAUGAUAAUGAAUCCAAGAAAUUCUAUCACGGCUUAGUGGAUGGGACAUGGGGAACUGUAAAAGGAAGCUGUGUUGUGGUUAGGGAUUUUGCUGACAUAUGUUAUCAUUCUUUCCCUCUUUACUUGAAGGAGUUGCGUGAAUCCCCUGAUUCAAAUGACCACCAAACUCUUAGGUUGAUUCAUGUUCCUGGACUUAUCAUUGUUGGAUUGUUGGGAUUAAUUGUGGACCUACCCUUUUUCACUCUGAUUGCUGUAAUUAAGAGUCCAUACAUGUUGUUCAAAGGCUGGUUUAGAUUGAUACAUGAUCUAAUUAGCAGAGAAGGUCCAUUUCUUGAAACAGCUUGCAUCCCCAUUGCUGGUUUGACAAUCCUCAUGUGGCCACUUGUCGUUGUUGGGAGCAUAUUAGCAGCAAUCUUUUCAAGCUUCUUUAUUGGAUUGUAUGGAUCAUUCAUUGUAUACCAGGAGAGAUCUUUUAUGAGAGGUGUGGCCUAUGUGAUUGCAAUGGUUGCAGAAUUUGAUGAGUAUACAAAUGAUUGGCUUUAUCUCAGGGAGGGGACUAUCUUCCCAAAGCCCCAUUAUCGAAAGAACAUGGUUUCUGAGUCCUCUGAGUUUUCUGUUGGACAAAAUCAUGUAGCUGGAAGCAUAUUAAAUCCUGCUUCUGCUGAUGCCCCUGCAAUGCUGGUGCCAAGCUUAGUUCCUUCAAGAACAGUUAGAGAAGCUAUACAAGAAGUGCAAAUGGUGCAGAUUUGGGGACAUAUGAUGAAGUCCUGUGAAUUAAGGGGCAAGGAACUAUUGGAUACUGAAGUCCUAACACCGGUGGACCUCUGCAAUUGGUUGAAAGCAAAAAAUGAUGAUGAGGCAACUAUCAUAGGUGUUGGUUUGCCCUGUUAUUCCCUCCUCCAAAGUCUCCUUUAUUCCAUCAGAGCCGGUUCUAGUGGUUUGUUGAUACUUGACAAUGUUGAAGUUACCUAUUUGAAUAGACCCAAGGACAAACUGCUGGACUUGUUCUUCAAUCCCAUUAUGGUCUUGAAAGAACAGAUUAAAGUUAUAAAUUUGGGAGAUGAUGAAGUAAGGUUUUUGGAGAAAGUAGUACUCUUUGGAAGUGAUACUCAUCGAAUGGAUGCAUGGGACAACGGUGGCUCAUUGCCUCAAGAUGCUCUUAGAGCCGCUCAGAUUAAGGGCAUCAGUAGAAGGAUGCUUGGAAUGGUAAGAGGUAUAUCAAAGUUUCCAACUUAUAGGAGGAGAUUUCGACAAGUCGUGAAAGCUUUAGUCACGCAUGGUGUGGAGAAGGGAGACUCAUCUCUACCCAAUUCCAUAAAAUCAUCAGUUACUUCCAUUGAGGAAGUCUAGAAUCAACAAUGGCAAUCUAGACUCUUCUUACUCAUACACAGGCUUGUGGUCACAAAUUAAGGAUAUGUUAAUUGUACUUUUUUUUCAUUACUUUGUACAGAAAACCACAAAAUGUAACUUUAUAUUAAACAUUUAUGACAGGC